GCAACCUGUGCCUUAGCUUUCCUGGCUGUGUGUGCAUUUGCGUGAGUGUGUAUGUGUGUGGGGGUGGGAGGGGGAGGGCUCGCUGCUGUACUCUCCGUCUGCACUUUGAGGAAGACAUCUGCACUGGAAGGAUAGAGAGAGGGAGAGACGGAAAGAGAAAGAGACAGUCAUUAUCGCUCCUUUCUUUGAAGGGAAAAGGAGAAACGGUGAGAGACAGAAAGGCAAAUACUCCCCCUUUUCCCUGAGGGAGAGAUUGAGCGAGGCACAGGAGAGGGUGGUGGCCAUGGAGCAGCCAGCUUCUGGCCCGCGUCGCCGUAGCGACGGCUCAGUGAGAGAAUGUCUCUUCUUCCCGGUGCUGGAACGGAACGAGCAGGAGCGGCUAGAGGCCUUGAUGAAAAGGUCCAUGGAGCGCAGCCUGCAGCUGGAUCACCGACCAAAACGGUGGACAUGGGGGGGCCCCACCCUCUCUGCAGGCCAGGAAGUAUCCCUCAACUCCCACCGGUCCCCCGAAAGAGUUCCACUGGGUCGCCUGGAUCAGGGGAAGGCCAACAAUGCAUCCCAAGGGUUGUCCAUGGAGUCUACACUACUGUGCACUACUGUGCCCCUUGAAAUACCACAGACGAACAUGCCAGGAGAAGUAAGAGGUGCUCUGUCUCCUGUAUCCACGGCACCAGCCAGACGAGCAGAGUCCCCAGCCACACCCACCAAUGGGUCAUCUCCUCGCGCCCAGAGCAGACCAAGGAGGGUUAAAUCCUCAAAUAGCCGUGCCCAAAUGAAGGAGGAGGAGAAGGCCACCCGGGACAUCAGAGGUCUUGGUUUCCAGGAGAGGAAGACUGAUAUCCCUGAGAAAAAGAUGCCAAAGUCCAGCAGCAGAGACUUGAGUUUGGACAAGAGUACAGGGAAGCCAGUUGCUGGAACAACAGAUGCAGAGGAGGCAUCACGGUUGCUGGCAGAGCGCCGCCGUCAGGCACGGCUGCAGAAAGAGCAGGAAGAAAAGCAGCGACUUGAGCAGGAGGAGGAGGAGAGGAUGAGGACUGAGGAGCUGCUGAAGAGGAAGAUGGAGGAAUGUGCACAGCAGGAGGGGGAGGCCCACCAGGCAGCAGAGGAGAGACAAGAGCAGGAGAGGAAGCGCAAAGAGGAGGAGGAAAGACAGCAAAGGGAGCGCCGCUGGAUGGAGGUGCAGGCACAGCUGGAGAGAGAGUGUGUGCUGAACCGAAAGUCUGUUACUGAAGAAAAGAGCUUUGACAGAAGGGAGGAGAUGGAGCAGCGGGUGCGAAAGAAGGCAGAGAGACAUCGCCAGGAGCGCGAGCUGCUGAAACUGCAGGAGGAACAGGAAAGAUUACAGCGGAAGAAGAGGAUUGAGGAGAUCAUGAAGAGAACAAGAAAGGGUGUUGAUGCCAAGAAAGAAGCAGUACAGGUGGAGCCCCCAUCCACAGUCUCCCUUCUGAACUCCCUUCCUUCUGCUCUACUCAGAUCUCAAGGUGCAGUGCAGGUGAAUGGACAGGUGCGUGGACAGAGUACAUGGAUGAAGCCCACUGUAGCUCCCCUAACCCCUCUGUCCGUGGGACCCUAUAUCAGCCUGGGGGCCCUGGACAUGCAGAGCUGUGGUGUGGAUGAAUAUUCUGAUGAGGUGCAAUCCAUGGAUGUGAGCCCUGUUUCCAAGGAGGACCUUAUUUCCAUCCCGGAGUUCAGCCCCGUGGAUGAGGUCCACCCCAUUGGCACAAAUAACACCUGUGCCAUGGAGGACCUGCUGGACCUGACAGGUCAUGUGGACUACCACAGACUCUCUCCUGCCCACACCUUGGGUGACUGCAACAAGAACCUGAUCGAGGGCUUCUGCAACCCUGGUGCAGAGACUCAGCUUAUCAAAACCCUAAGCCCACCCUCGGACAAGCUCAACAUCCAGUAACUAGAAUGCUGGAGUUGACCAGGGGAACAGGAAGGGUUUCAUAAGCAUCAUCACUGGAAGAAAUCUACUGUUUGGCCCUCUGCCACAAGCUGCAAUGGGAUAGAUUGCUGGUUUGCUGUGGAGAGUGUGGGGUGUAUUGUUAUGUUCUCCACAAUGACCCUUAUUUAAAUGACAUGCACUGAAAGUGUGUUUGUUACUCCCCGAAGCACCACUUUUCCCCUGGCUUCACUUGAUUCCACCUCUAUAAUAGUCACAAUAGUUUUUACAGUGCCUUUCUCGUGGCUACUGUUCUGGCACAAUUCUGUGGAAUGCUGCUGUACUUUCAUAUGGUUAAGCUUCAGAUCCAGAGGUAAAAGUAAUCAUCUGUAGACCUUUUCUUCUGUUUACUUAGGGCAGAAUUCACAAAAUAAGGCUGAACCACCUUUUGCAUCUGCAGUGGAGACGGGCUUGUGUACAUGUUCUGUUGCGAGUAAAUUUAAGGAGUGCAGAAAAAUUGUAUCGGUGUGAUUUGUGCGUGUUUGCUGGUAUAGAGCAAUAGGUCCCAUAAGCUCACACAUGUGCAAGCCAGCACUAUUCUCUCAAGAAUUAUAGCAGUGUAUGGCAAACUAUAUGUCAUGGAAAACAAGAGCAAUUUCAUAACUGUAUAGUCUUAUCUAGUAUUUUCUGUCUAUUGGCAUAUCAGCUUCAAGUGAUGUAAUCAUAACUUGUAUUCUGUUAGUAAAAGCACAGCAAUAGACCUGCUACAACAGUUGAUCACUUGAUUUUUCUUGAGAUCUAAAAAGUCUAGAGUGAGUUUGCUGCAUACCUGGAAUUUGGCCACAGUCAGCUGUAGAACGGAUGAUAGUGUUCACUCAAAUUUGUACCAAAUUUAUGUGAAGCAUUUUGAGCAUUUGUACCUACAUUAGCUUUACAUUUCUCUCUUCAGAAACUUCAGGAUAUAGUGUGUGGGUGUUCCUAAAUAGGAGUAAUACUUGAAUAAAUGCUCUAGCAUGUAUCUGUAGAGAUGUGUCAUGUGUCCUGUUCAGCAGACAGCUUUCAGUAUGUAACCUCCAUAACCACACUUACAAAAUCAGCUCAGCCUUUUAAUAUCGACUUGACAGGAAGUGUUGCACUUCCUCAUUUUACUGUUGAAGACUAAGAAUUUGUUAAGUGGUGGAUACCCCUCCUAAGUGUGUUCUGCACGUCCAAUUGUGAUUCCUUUGUCUGACACUUAGGAUUAAACACAAAUAAUUAUAUACCUGAUAUGUGAGCUAAUUAUUGAUUACCUUGUAAGCAUUAGUCCAAUCCUGUAGAUCAGUUUGUACCACAGUGUUGGAAACUGUGUUAGCACGUUUGUGCCCUCAUUUUGUUCUGUCUUACUGUUUAAAAACGUGUAAAAGUUUGAACAAAUGAUGGUAAGGGAUUGAUUUUAUAGGGUGUUCCAGAAUCAGACAAAAACAGAAAUCUUCGACAAAAAGGAAAAGUAUCAUAAUAUCAUGAAUCUCUUAAAAAGUGGCACAUUGCAUUUGCAUAAGAGUAUGUUUGUUGUAGACAUGGUGCAUGGAUAUUGAACUUCAGACGAAAAUGAAUAAAGAUUCAUCGUGUUCAUGA